UGCUCAGGCUAUCUUCAGCGAUCACCUGCGGGAGAGGACCUGGACCAAGUGGCUGAGCAACUGGUCCCGAGCCAUCACCAACCAGGAGGGGAUAUUUGCUAUGAGAGCAUGGCGCUUGUAACGCCAGGGUAGUGGGUUCGAUCCCCGGGACCACCCAUACGUUAUUUAUUUUUUGAUGCGCACAUGACUAAGUCGCUUUGGAUAAAAGCGUCUGCUAAAUGGCAUAUUAUUAUUAUUUAUUAUUAUUAUUAUUAUUAUGACGAAGGCCAUCACUGGAGCCAUUACCAGAGUGCAACACCAGGAGGCAGCAGAACACCUCAGCAGAGCCCUAUCUGGCUGGAGAAGAGACAACUCUUCAAGAACUGGUUCACUAACAUGUGAAAUGAAAUCACAUUUAUUUAUAAAGCACUUUUAAACAUCAGCAGAUGUCACAGAGUGCUUAUACACAAACCCAGCCUAAAACCACAAACGGCAAGCAAUGCAUAUGCGGCUGUCAGAGGAGAAGUAGUGCACGUCAAUUAAUUACAUCACAGGGGCAAGGGUGGCAUGUUCUGGACCUGCUCUGUCAUUACCUCAGUAUUAAUGAAGGUCACGGUGGUUAGAGGUAAAGCAGAUAUUAGACCUUUGCUUUCAUUCUGGAGCAAACAGCAUGUUUCAACCACAUAUGUAUACUGUCUGUAAAAGUAACAACUCCACAAUAGCAAGUGUUAUUUUUUGCUAGCUAUAUAGCCAUAAUAUCUAGCUAUAGAUCCAUAUCCAUAAUUUGAUAGCUCUAUAUCCAUAAUGUCUAUUCUAGUCUAAUAACACAGACAAAAGGGUUAGCAACAUGCUCUUGUGUUUUGUUUUUGUUCAUUCAGAGAUGGUUGAGCGAUGUGAGGGAUGACAUCGUCAACUUUGUGUCUGUGGUGAACAGUGGUCUGGAGAUGCAGAGCAACUUUUUCACACAUAACAACAUGAAGGUCCAUAAAAGAGACACCAUGAGCCAAAUUCUGCAGUUUGUUGUUGAUGACUACUUCCCAAAGAUGCACCAAAGGUAACACCAUUUUAGAAUAGUAUUCACUGAAAGAAAACAGUAGUCGGCCAGUGCGAUGCAGAAAAACUCUGAUGCUGUGGUGGAGCAGGCCAGCGACGCCGCCGACGGCACCUUCAGGCUGAAGAGUCGGGCAGAGUCCGCGGCGGGGCAGUUGGGGCAGUCCUACACGGUCAGCUUCAGUUCAGAGUCCACCUUGCCCUCCUGUGAGUGUGAGGUUUGGAGGGUCCAGCGCCUGUCCUGUGAACACUUCUGUCACGUCUUCAGGUCUGAGCCUAACUGGACCUGGGAGCGCCUU